AUGAUUUCUGUUAAAGAAUUUGACAUACGUGAAGACGAGGAACAGCUAGCAAAAUUGCAAGAUAUCAUCGACUUAUUCGUUGCUGCUGGAUAUUUUCGAGCUCGGAUCAAAUCAAUUCCUCAUUUCGAUAGGGUAGUAGGUGGAAUAGUGUGGUGUAUAACAUUAUGCAAUCAUACAGUCAAUGUCGAUCUUUUUUGCUCUGAAAAUGCUACUAUUGGUCAGAAGAUAGCGUUAACUGAAAAGGUAGUGGAAGUGUUACCACUGUUAAAAUGUCCCUAUACUAUUGAACCAUAUCAAAUUCAGGGUCUUGACUGCAUCCACAUCUUUCCUGUCGUCCAGUGGCUUGUUAGAGAAGCUGUUCGUGCGAAAGAGCAGUGUGGUGAUAGUGUGCGAAAUCAUGCCGUAUAUCAGUUCGCACAACGAUUCUAUUUUUCAAAGGAUAAAUGCAUAGAGAAACAAACACAUAUUUUUUUAAACAAUUGCCGCAGCGUCAAAGCGAAAUGUCUACCUCAACGCAUUUAUAAACAAAAGGGCGAUUUCAAAUCACCGGAUUUGCGCACCGAUGUUCGUUGUACUUUACUGGAAUACGGCUGGAGAGAUGUCUGUGAUAUCGCAGUUCAGGAAAACACUGAAUGGUUUGAAAAUGACAAAGGCGAUGAAAAUAUGAAGAGCGAUCAGCUUCUCGUGCAGUUAUCAGAGAUGCAAAUUCAGCCAACAAACCAACGUCUAUCAUCGAAAAUACUAGCUCAGAUCAUUGAUGCAUCAGAUUUUGAUGCUGAUGAGCUAAAGAAGGAGACCGGUUUUGUCCAACGAUAUCAGCGGAGCACGUCCAUGGCAGAAAAAGAAUUAAUGGUACUUAGAAAAGAAGAGAAGCUUUUGGAUGACUCUUUAGAAAAUCUCCAACAGCGGAAGGAGGCCCAACUACGAGCAAUGGAUGAAAUCGACAAAAGAAUUGCAGAAUUUAAACAACUGGUUGAAAACAGUGGUGUAGAAACUGUAGAAAGGUUGAAACAUCUGCUGAUUGAGCAUGAUGAGAUUCAUAAACGAGAAAUGGAUUUCAAAGCAAACUGUCGAAAUGAGCUACGGGAACUGGAUGAGGUUCUUCAGCAACUAAAAACAUUUGACCCUGUGGAGAAAAAAUUGAAAGAUGAUAACGAUUCGGUGAGAAAUAUAAGCUUAGAAGCAGGGCAACAUCUAACAAGUAUUCGGUUGGAGUUAGCAGAUUUAAAUCGACAGAUUGCAGCACAGCAACGCGUGCUUGAUGAUAUCCCGGCGCAAACUGAAAUCAGUCAAUAUCAGCGGAGAAUUAUCGAGCUUUAUAAUCAGAUGGCAAGUAAACAUCGAGAAACGAAGCAGUUUUACAUUUUGCAUAAUACUUUGGUUGAUAUUAAAACAUUCAUGAAAAAGGAAGUUGACAUGCUGAACAAUAUCGAUGAAGUCCAAGACUUGACAUCGAAACAAAGCUACAAAGAUUCAUUUGUUGAGAAUUUGCAAAAAAUAUUGAAAGGUGUUGAUACUUCUCUUGAUAAGGUAUCAACGAAGCAAAAUGAACUGCAAGCAAGAAGGGACAAAUUAUAUGGAGAAUAUCAAUAUUUGUUGGAAAAAGAACGCUUGUAUUAUAAAACAGUUGAUGAUUUCAAAAAUGCUUGCUAUGAAAAUGAACAGCUAAGGCGCAGAUUAGAAGGUUAA